GCUCCCACACAAGGGAGACCCUUCCUUGCGGCGCAUGCGUCGCGAGGGACAGCGAAGGGAGCGAGGCGUCUCGCGGCCUCUGAGGCGGCGACAAAAUGGCGGCGGCGGCUGCGGCGGCUGAGGGGAACUCAGCGGCGGCUGCGACGUCGCCGCCGCCUCCUCCUCCUGAGGGAAACGACGAAGACGGAGAGGAGGCCGAGUCGCCUCAGGAGGAGGAAGAAGACGAGGAGGAGGAGGCGGCGGCGGCGGGACCCAGCAGCGGCGUUGCCGGCGGGAACAGCGCGGGGUUCCGCUUGACGGCAGUGCGGCGCGACCCGGCGGUGCGGCUCCAGCACGGCGUGAGCGGCCUGGAGCCGCUGGCUUGGUCAGAGGACCACCGCGUGUCGGUGAGCACGGCCCGCAGCAUCGCCGUCCUCGAGCAGCUCAGCGAUAUCCAAGGCGGCGGCAGCAACAGCAGCGGAGGCGCCGCCACGGACCUCGUCAUUCACCGCACGGCCGUGCCGGCCCCGGCCGCCGCCUGCCACCUCAAGGUUGGUUCCAAAAAAGAAGUUGCCGAAUGUAAGGAAAAGUUUGCGAGUUCGAAGGAUCCAACUGUAAGCCAGACAUUCAUGUUAGACAGAGUGUUCAACCCUGAAGGGAAGUCGCUGCCAUCUAUGCGAGGCUUCAAAUACGCCAGCUGGUCUCCCCUGGGCUGUGAUGCAAAUGGCAGGUGCCUGCUGGCGGCCUUAACUGUGGACAACAGACUAACCAUCCACACUAACCUUAACAGACUUCAGUGGGUGCAGUUGGUUGACUUGACUGAGUUCUAUGGGGAGCGCCUGUAUGAAAACAGCUACCGGCUUUGUAAGGGUGAGGGUCCCCGGGCGGAUUUAGGGGACUUCUCCGAAUUUCAGAGACGGCACAGCAUGCAGACCCCGGUGCGCAUGGAGUGGUCUGGGAUCUGCACCACCCAGCAGGUGAAGCAUAACAACGAGUGUCGGGAUGUGGGCAGUGUGCUGCUGGCGGUGAUCUUUGAAAAUGGUAACAUUGCCGUCUGGCAGUUCCAGCUACCUUUUGUGGGCAAGGAAUCAAUCACCUCGUGCAAUACCAUUGAGUCGGGAAUCAGUUCCCCCAGCGUCUUGUCCUGGUGGGAAUAUGAGCACAGCAACCGCAAGAUGAGUGGGCUUAUUGUGGGGAGUGCUUUCGGACCCGUUAAAAUCCUCCCGGUCAACCUUAAAGCAGUCAAGGGCUACUUCACCUUGAGACAGCCAGUGGUUUUGUGGCAGGAAAUGGACCAAUUGCCUGUACACAGCAUCAAGAGCAUUCCUCUCUACCACCCAUAUCAGAAAUGUAGCUGUAGCUUAGUGGUGGCUGCGAGAGGGUGCUACGUCUUCUGGUGUCUUCUCUUGAUAUCCAAAGCAGGCUUGAAUGUCCAUAACUCGCAUGUGACUGGGCUCCACUCUCUCCCAAUCAUCUCCAUGACUGCAGACAAGCAGAACGGGACCAUCUACACAUGCUCUAUUGAUGGGAAGGUCAGGCAGCUGAUCCCCAUCUUCACGGAUGUUGCACUGAAAUUUGAGCACCAGCUGCUAAAGUUGUCUGAAGUGUUUGGCUCUGUGAGGACUCACGGGAUUGCAGUGAGCCCCUGUGGCGCAUACCUAGCGGUCGUGACCACAGAAGGCAUGACCAACGGCCUCCACCCCAUUACCAAGAGCUACCAGGUUCAGUUUGUGACCCUCAAAACAUUUGAGGAAGCGGCCGCUCAGCUCCUGGAAUCCUCUGUCCAAAACCUUUUCAGACAGGUUGACCUAACGGAUCUCGUCCGCUGGAAGAUCUUGAAAGAUAAGCACAUCCCGCGGUUCCUACAGGAAGCCUUGGAUAAAAAGAUUGAGAGCUUUGGGUCCACUUAUUUUUGGCGCUUCAAACUGUUCCUCUUGAGGAUUUUGUACCAGUCGCUGCAGAAGGCUCCCUCUGAGGCCCUGUGGAGGCCGACACACGAGGACACAAAGGUCUUAAUAGCACAUUCCCCUGGGACAGAUGGGAGCGAAGAGCCUCAACAAGACGAGGGGACUUUGAAACAGGACAGCAAGCAAAAUCCAAGCAACGUCGUCAGUGGGGUGGAUAUGGAUGAUCUGGCCGAUGACUCUCUUGUCCGCCCAAGUGACUUAGGAGGGCGAGAGCCAAUGGAGGAGAAGCUUCUUGAAAUCCAAGCCCAGAUCGAAGCUGUAGAAAUGCAUCUGACCCGGGAACACAUGAAACGGGUCUUGGGGGAAGUCUACUUGCACACAUGGAUUACGGAGAACACCAGCAUUCCCACGCGGGGGGUCUGUGACUUCUUAAUGUGUGACGAAAGUUACGACGACAGGACAGCACGGGUGCUGAUUGGGCAUAUCUUAAAGAAAAUGAACAAACAGACUUUCCCGGAGCACUGCAGCUUGUGCAAAGAGAUCCUGCCGUUCGCAGAUCGCAAACAGGCAGUUUGUUCCAACGGACACAUUUGGCUCAGGUGCUUUCUAACCUACCAAGCCUGCCAAAGCCUUGUGUACAGAAGGUGCCUGCUUCGCGACAGCAUCGCACGACAUCCAACCCCAGAAGAUCCUGAUUGGAUCAAGAGGUUACUUCAAGGGCCUUGUACUUUCUGUGACUCUCCCGUUUUCUAAAGAACAAGAUAGAGAGCUUGAUGUUCCUUUCUCCUGUGCCCCAAGCAUCCCUCUAACCUGGGAAAUGUCAGUGGGGCAAUUUUAAACAGAGCCGGAAAUGCUCAGUGGUCCAGUGUCUCAUUUCAAACCUGAGAGGCAACAAGGCUUUCUCUCAGGAAACCCCAGCACAGACACUUUGGAAACCGAUCCAGUUGUGGUUGACUGUUGGCACUUGACUCAUUUCUUUUUUUGCAAGCGGGGGCUGGUAUCGGAGAAGCACACCAGGGCUGACUCCCCCCAGUCCAUUCAGCAGUGGGAUGCUUUUCUUUCGGCACGGACAGGAUCCCAAACGGCGCAAGCAGCUGCUGCUUCUGCAUACAUCAGCAGGAUGUUGGCCUGUGGUACUUCUUCAUUAAUUUUCUAACCAAUAUUGGCACUUGCUGUACCAGAGACAAUUAAAUUAUUAGAAAUAAUGUGUGGACUUUCGGAAUAUCUUCAAAUGUCGUGCAUGCCAGUUAUAGUCACUGAAGAAGAAAAAAAAGACCAUUUCACUAUUGUAUAGAGGUUGGCCGAGAAGCCCUGCAUCUCCUUACAAGGAACGUUAAACACUCUGUGCCAAAUAUGGGAUACUAAGUUUUUUAAAAGGCAAAUUAAGCUAUGCUAGCAAUGAGGCAUGUCACACAGAGACCCUGUUCUAAAAGUCUGAGCAUCAACAUUUUUAUUCCAACUCCCUCUGUUCUUACUAGUGAUUCCCCCUCGUUGCCGCCCGUUUCCCCCUCUAAUUGCAUAAUCCCCUCCAAAUUUCUUCCAGUGCGUUGUAGCCUUCCAGUCUUUGUAGCAAGAAUUGUGCCUGCCCCCUGCCAGUAGUUUUCUGUCUUCCUCCAGUUACAGUGCCAGUUGUAGAUGGAGAAAUUCUGUGUAGCUGUUGGGUUGGGCAUUCAACACAUUAGAAAAUCCAACUAGGCACUCUGUGGCAGUUCAUUAUUGUCUCGUAAGAUGAGGCCAUCCAGCCUGAGAACUAAGCCUUGCAAAAAUCCAUUUGUUCUUUCAAAUUAGAUGCCUUGGGUUCUAAGAGGCAGGGUAUAAAUGUUUUAAAUAAUAUAAACAUACUUGCCCCUUGCUAUGGCUGGAUCUACAACAUGCAGCAGAUUUAAUCAGCUGAGGUCUUCAGCACCACUUCAGACUCCAGGAUGGGGAGCUCAUUUUAGUCCUCCUCUCUGAUAGUGAUAAUAAUGCCACCAUUAAAAGUUCCUUCAAAUAGGAAACUAGUAUUCUGCUACAUGUGUAGACUAGGCUCCAUGAGGACAUACCCUUCAUGGAAGCAGGUGGGAGUUGUCCGGGAUUCGGUUAGUAGGCUGCAAGUACAGUUUUUAGCUGUGUGCUGCUCUUUGACCAAAACACUGCACUUAACAGGUAGUUGUAGAUUUGGAUUGAUCAAUUUAUUAACGGAUGCCUCUUGGAAAUAAGAAUGUAUUGUCAGGGGGAGCUGAAAGGGACUUCAAAAUGGGGUUUGUUGUCAUUCAGUGCUUUAGAAUUGACGCGUUGAGUGUCUCUGGUAACUUUGUACUAAGGCUUUGUCCUGAAGCCAGUAAUCCCUCCUCUUGUACUUUCGGAGAUGGUCUAGAGCAGCAGUUUCCAAACUCCCCCCCCCCCAGACCACUUGAAAAUUGCGAAGGGUCUUGACGGACCGCUUAAUAACUUCUUUGCCUGUUGUAGCAAUUGUAAUACACUGCGCUAGAAGUUGUAUGACUUUUCAAUUGCGUUUUUAUCGCUUCUUUUCUUCCUUGUACAUAGUAUUUUAUUGUAUUCCACAGAAUGCAAACUGUAGUACAAAAAUACACAGUAUGAGAAAGAAAAGAAGCGAUUAAAUGCAAUUGAAAACCAGUGUGAAUAUUUAGUGUAACAGAUGUGCCCUCUCCUUUCUUCACUCACAAGUCCACAGAUAACGCUGCGGACCCCCUGGAUGGAGCUCGGUCUGCGGACCACACAGUUUGGAAACCCUGCUCUGGAUACCUCCUCCUUGCUGAGUGAGUGAAAGAUUCCAGGUUUGUAUCCUGGACGUGCCCAUAUAGGCAGUCAAGAGUACAGUACCUUUCCCCCCCCUUCCUAAUCUGGCAUGAGGGUCUUCUCUAAUUAAAAAGGCUAUGGAGAAGCAACACUGGGGAACAGCGGUGUUUGAGAGCCAUUGCAAGUCAGAGGAGGCAACCAUGGGCUAGACAGAUAUAGCGGUACAGCUUUUGUGUCCAUUUGCUUUCCGUACCGGAAAUGAGUGGAUCUGCCGAAGGAGGCUGUGCCACAUCCCAGUCAUUAUUCUUCUCCCCCCACCCCCAGCUCUGCUUUUGGUUGGCCUGUGGAGAGAACUUAAAUAGUGCGCAUUAGGAAGUACAUUGGGUUAAUUGGAUUAAAACGUGUAAAAGGCUAAUUAAAUAUUGAACAAUGUGUUCUUGGUAAGAGGACAGAAGAGUGUACAGAGCUGAAUUCUCAUCAAUCAGCACGACUAAAGAAAUCCAAACUGCCACAAUAGAUUUUUUUGGGGGGGGAGGUCACGUGCAGGCCAAGUUCAGCAUCUCUGUUGCUAAUAGAUGAACUAAUUCAUCUUUUUAAGAACUAAAAGAAUCUCGGCUUUCUACUUGCUUGCAAAAAUAAAUGCCUAGCAUACAUAGUUGCAGAGAGAUUUAACAAUGGUGACUGGGGGACGGACCAUUAAAUCCCCAGAAGCGCAUAAGAGAAAAUGCUGAAUACAUUUUGUUUUGCAACUGCCUUGAGCUGAGCAUGCAUCAAGACCCAUCAAGGGCUGAUUUGAACCCAUAAUAUUUGAAGGGACCAAUUUCAGAUGAAGAAUGUUGUUGAAUCAGUAACACGGGGAGCACCAAUCAUAGUUUGGUGUUGGUGAAAUGGGUUUGCGAGUUGGCUGAAGGUCUCCGACUCACAAUGUGUUUCUGAAUGGCUCCUCAACAAAUCUCUAGAUUGCUUCAGUCCCAAGAGAUUUCAUAACCUCAUCACUCCCACUCCUGGUGUGUUUAAAAAAACAAAAAACAGGCUGACUAUAGAAGGAUUUUUAUCCAUCCCACUUGAGUGAAUUUGAAGAUAAAAUCGGGUGGAUCACCACCUUUCUUACAAGGCCCAGAGCAAAGAUGAAUAUAUCAUGAUUUCUUUCCAUUUCUUACUUUUUCCUCUUGCUUAGAGGACAGAUGGGACCACCCCCAAAAACAGUUACCUGGAAUUUCAUUUUCUUAAAAAAGCAACAACAAUCAGGAACUAGAAGCAAGAGACAAGAGCAAUAAGAACAGUGUCAAUGCUUGUUCAGGCCAAUUGUCCCACUGGUUCAACAGCAGCCUGCCAGGCACGCCUGAGAGCAAAGAUAAGCAACAAUCCAAAAGUGGCCGGCAAAGCCUGCAAAGCUCAAGGCUAAGGGUGGCGAACCUGUGGCCAUCCAGUUGUUGAUGGACUCCAGUCCCCAUCAGCCCCAGCCAGCAUGGCAUAAUAGCCAGGGAUGUUCAGAACUGAGGUCCAGCAACUUCUGGAGGGCCAGUGGUUUGGUGCCCCUGCUCUAGGAGCAUCUUAAAACUAAUUGCCCUGUGAGUCUCUUGGACUGGCCUUCCCAUUUUCCUUGCAGCUGCAUUCAAAAAGGCCCUCACCCCUUGUUUGAAGCUUGAGGUGACUAUAGAACUUUGCGCCUGUUGAAUUAAAAUCCGUACGGCUGUGCUCCCGGUGCAGACCUGUAAAUCUCUCUCUUCGUCACUGGUGUUGGUGUAGCAGUUACAUGGCCCAGGGUUGAAUGAAGGCCAGCUCAGCUCUAAUGUCUAGAAAAAGCUAGGCUGCCGUUCUCUAAGGAGCCGGGGUUCCUGCAAGGAACAGGGCAGAUAUUUCCGAAAGGCGACAUGGAGCUCAGUCUCAGCUGGGGGUUCCUUUGUGCACAGCCCAAUUAUGCCUUGCAGAGUCACCUAAUCCUUAGAACUUUUGCGUUGUGUUCAGCUCCAAAAAUCAGUAAACUCUCAACAGCUGCAAAAUACCUAAUCUCCUUUCCGGAAGGACAAGAAAAGAAACCUGCUCCCCUCCCCCCAAAGAAAAAAAAGGUAGGAGCCAGUGCCUGCUAUUUGAAUAGUCUAGGUUUGCAGAUAGGACUUACAUGUGCAAAGGAUGUCACAGCGCAGUGGUGGCAAAGGGCCGCGUUCUCUCAGGAGUAAUCUUUUUGGGGCAGCAUGCUGGUGGUGACUGGGGCCACCCCUUGCCCCCCUCUCCCUUUCUCAUUCUACCACCCCCUUUUUUCUCUCUUUUCCGCCCUGCCCUGCAGGCUGCUGGGGGGAGGUGCAGAGAGUUGUUAGUCCUACUCAGUAGACCCACUGAAAUUAAUGAGCAUGACUAACUUAGGCCCAUUCAUUUCACUGGGCCUACUCUAAGUAAAACCUAGUUGGAUACAACCCAAAGAUCACUACUUGCAAGAAGUCUGAACUGAACUAGGAUGAGGCCCGCAAGUUGCUUACCUCUUCCGUGAUGCAUCUCUGUGCACAGGACGCAUCUCCUGCUGUGGUGGUGCUAUCAGUUUGAGACGCGUCACCCAAGGGCACAUUUUCCUUCCAACUGCUGCUAUUUGCUUUUCUCUGUGGAAGUGGAUGGCAUCCUCUACUUCAGAGGAGGUGCUGAAUCUGGUCCCAAUCCCUAAUACUUGUUGUUACGUGCCUUCAAAUCGAUUACAACUUAUGGCAAUCUUAUGAAUCGGCGACCUCCAAUAGAGAUUUUGCAACCCGAGCCUGUUCCAAACUGCAUAGCCCCAUCUUGGGUUCAACUGGUGGGUCAUAUUUAAAGCGUGACCUUGUAAUGCGACAGAGCACCCUUGGGACCUGGUAUAUAUAGAUACAGUUAUAACAUAUUUCAUGCAAAAAGAACAGAGCCCUUCCUGUUUCAAGGCACAUUUUUGCUGGGGAGGGAGUGUCUUUGGCUGCAUAUACACCAUACAUUUAAAGCAUGCCCCACACAAAGAAUCCUGGAAACUGUAGUUUACCCCUCACAGAGGUACAAUCCCAGCACCCUUAACAAACUACAGUUCCCAGGAUUCUUGGGGGGUGGGAUGAGCUUUAAAUGUAUGGUGUGUAUGCAGCCUUUGAGAUGCUAAAAAUAGCUGUCUUAGGGGAACACUUCACCUCUGAAAAACUAUCCCCACCUUGAUAGUAUGUGGGAUAUUGGGCAUGUAGGCAAUGCAAGGCGGACCCAUAAGGAAAAUCCUGUGUUGCUGUACUGCAAAUACAGGGGGCAGAGGAUCAUUCUUCUUGGAAAGACUAACCAGCGGCUCUUGAGAUACAGUUCCCAAAUGUUGAGACUAAAGGGAGGGGGACUAGGAUUUCAUUUUGAAUUAGAUUUCCAGUUUGAAAAGAUGGCCUCCUUUUAUCUCUCCCCCCCCCCGGUUUUACAAAACCAUUAAAAAUUACACUGCUAGAGGUUUGACAUACCAAACCUUCAAUCCCAAGGAGGAAAGUCAUUGAAAAUUAUCAUUUGUAAAGAUGCUAAUCUAUUCACUAGCUUAUAUGUUGAUUUCAAAGUUUGACUAACUCUGCAGAUAAGUCCUCUUUGCUAUGAUGCAAUAAGAGAGUCUGAUCAAGGUUUUAUCCCUUAAUCCAGUUAGGCCUUUUGUAUUUUGGCUUUUAUUUUUUUUUAAAAAACAAAAUCAGUGUGUUGUAGAGCAGAAAUGUUAAUCAACUAGCUGGCUGUUCGUUACUGAGCUGACCGCAUUAAGGCAGUGUUGUUAAAUGCUGUGGUUCCCUUGAGGAUGGUACAUUACUGUGAAUAUUAAUGCUGUAUAUAUGGUUGACUUCUUUUGUAAAUGUGAAACAUAAUCUGGAGAAUGUGUUUUGUAUACUGCAACAGCAGCACUGUUACAUGAACCCCUUUCUAAAUAAAAGAAACGCACAACUUU